AUGUCACCCAAAAUCUCGCGCUCUCAGCGCUUAAUGGUCGUUAUCGCAAUUUCCUCUGCAUUUUUCGUGUCAGAGAUCUCAGUCGGUUUUUACACACAUUCGCUAGCUUUGGUGGCCGAUGCCUUUCACUACUUGAGCGACUUAGUAUCGUUUGUUGUCGCAUUGCUAGCUCUCAGGGUAUCAGAGGCCGAUGAAUCGCCCAAGGCACUCUCAUUUGGAUGGCAGCGAGCCCAAUUACUGGGUGCCUUUUUCAACGGGGUCCUUCUGCUCGGGCUUGGCAUAUCCGUCUUCUUGCAGUCUAUUGAGCGCUUUAUCUCGAUAGAACGUGUUGAAAAUCCUAAGCUCAUGUUCAUCAUGGGAUCUAUUGGCUUAGGACUUAACCUAAUAAGCGCAACAUUCCUCCAUGGUAUGAUGGGGGUAUUGGUCCAUGUUCUUGGUGACGCCGCCAAUAACCUUGGAGUCAUGGCCGCGGCGUUGGUGAUCUGGUUGACCCAUUAUGAGGGUCGAUACUAUGCCGAUCCAGGGACGACUAUGGGUAUUUCAAUCAUGAUUAUCCUGUCCUCUUUCCCGCUUAUGCGACGAUCCGGUCUCAUCUUACUUGAGAGCACGCCGAACGGAGUCGAUGCUGCAGAUGUGAAGCAUGACCUGGAGAAGAUACCCGGCGUACUUUCAAUCCAUGAGCUUCACAUCUGGCAAUUGAACCAGCACAAGACACUGGCAUCUGUCCAUGUGAUGUUGUCUGAUAGCUCGGUCCCGAGAUUCUUAAAAUUAACCAAGACCAUCAACGAAUGUUUUCAUGCGUAUGGAAUUCAUUCAACCACCAUCCAGCCGGAGGUGGUACAUCCGGGGACAAUCGCUAGAUUGGAGACGGAAGAAUUGGAGAAAUGUCAGGUCGUGUGUGGGACAAUGUGCACAGGAUUAACCUGUUGUGGAUAG